AUUAAUCGCAAGCAGCUAGUUGCGACUUGCGACAUCCAAUAGGCGCUUAGUUUCUAGUUAAAGCUCGACAUUUAUUGGGUGUUGCAAAUUACAACUGGCGACUGCAAUUAAUGUAGAACGGGCUUUACAUCCACGUUUGGCGCUGAUGCUAGUCAAAUAUUGGUCGCACGAAAAAAGCCACGGUGGCCGCUCUCAGGUUCCUCUCUGAUUUCAAUUAUAAUUCUUUUUUUUUAGUGCAGAAAGUACAGUAUAGUAUAACCACAAAAAGCCAAGAGCAGACAUUCAAAGAUAACCUCGAAAAAAUGCGCUUUUGCGCUGCGCGCAAACAUCUUGAUGCAUCUUAAUUUAUCAAUGAUAAAGAGCCAAACAGUGUAAUAUAUUUUACAAUGUCAUCUGACAACGAUGAGGACACUCAAUUUCAAGCGUACGAAGACGAUCCGCGAGUUCCUUGCCAAUACGGCAUUAAAUGCUACCAAAAAAAUCCACAGCAUCACCACAAGUACAAACACCCGCCAAAAAAGACUCUACAAGUAGAAGAAAAAAUUGAAAAUACUGAGAAGAUAACUACUGGAGAAAAAAGAAAGGAUCUUAUUAAGGAUAACGGUAAAACACAAUCAGAAAGUCCAUCAAGAAAAUUACAGAAGACACGCGAGUUUUUUGAUAGAAAUUUACAUAAUAUUUCCCCAAGUCCGGAAAGAACUGAUGUCAGAAAUAACAAGGAGGAUGAUGAAGAUUUUAAUGAGAAAGCAGAAGCAUCAAAUAAGAAAAUAUCAUUAAACGAUGAUAAUUCACUUGAGCAAAUUGAACACAACACAGCUGAAAAUACAUUGAUUUCUGAUAGUAAUAUUGAAAAAGUUAUUAUGGAUUUAUUUCUAGUUGAAAUGCCAAAAGAUUUUUUUCAAUUCUAUGAGUUUUGUAAGAGUAUAUCAAAAGAUAAAGAUCCUCUUUUGGCUUGUAAGUCUGUUCGUUUGAAGCUUGUGGGUCCAUACAAUGUGCUAAACAGUAAAAUAAAAAUUUCCUCAAACGAGGAUGACAAGGAAAAAUAUUUGACACACUGGAGAUACUAUUACGACCCUCCAGAAUUUCAGACUGUUGUGAAAUGUGAUGAUAAAGAAGGAUUACAUUUUGGUUACUGGCGAGAUGAUGCCGCGGAAAAACCAGUGUUUGUAGCAAAGAAUCAAGCAAAUGUGAAUGGUAUAUUUGAACCUGUCGCAGAAAAUAUAUUUGGUGCUAUUGAUGUUUAUUUGCAAAAUAAAAUAAAAUCUGCUAAUCCUUUUGAGAAGACCAGCAUAACGCGUUUGCAUUCACAAUUGAAGAAUUUUGCCAAACAGCAUAAUAUAAUUCUCGAGAAAAAUACCGCAAAUAUGAAAGCGAGAGAGAAACGGGUUGUGGCGCGAACCUUUCACAAAGCAGGAAUUGUAGUUCCUUACGAUAAGAAAACUCAAUUGGGUUACAGAGAUUUAGCAGCGACAGACAAUGACUUGCAAAAGAUAUUGAAGCAGAUAGAGGAAGCUACUACUUCGGAAGAAAGAAAAACGCCGAUGGCAAAACUCGACGAGAUCGUCAGGUUGGCGACGAUAGCUGCAGAUGAAUGCGACUUUGGCACUUGCUUAGAGUUGGGACACGAUCUCUUCACAAAUGGUAGCAUUCAUGUACAAACUAGAGCUUUGCAAAUGCUAUCUAUCGCUUAUACUCAUUUAAAAAGACCACAGUUAUUAAAAAUAUUCAAAGCACAUUUAAAAAACAGAAAGAAAGAUUGUGAAUUAAGUAUGAUUUAAAGUGCAUAUUUAUAUAUAAAGACAAUGGCCUAUUUUAUAUAAAUAUGUCUUACAAGGGAACCUCGCGAACCCGUAAAU